CACGGUAGUAAGCCUGCCAUAGUCAAGCUCGCCUCUGCUCCUUCCUCUGCUGCUUCCCCGCGUCUCCUUCUUCCUCCCUAUAAAUCAUGUCAGCUAGCCGUUGCAUUCCACCAAGCAACCAACCACCAACUAACUCGCCAUCCAACCACCUCCAACUCUAGCUCCAUCCGCGGCUUGGAGCUCCCUUCUUACAAGUCGAUCGAUCGAGUAGUCGACAAGCGCAAUGGCGGCGGCGGCGGGUGGCAUGAGUUCGAGGUCGUCGUCAUUGCUGGCCAUGGUGUUCGUCGCCGUCGCGGUGCUCGCGCGGGCGCAGGAUGAGCGCGCGGCGACGUUCACCAUCACCAACAACUGCGCCUACACGGUGUGGCCGGGGCUGCUGUCCAGCGCGGGGUCGGCGCCGCUGUCCACGACGGGGUUCGCGCUCGCGCCGGGGGCGUCGCAGGCGGUCCCGGCGCCGUCGGGGUGGUCGGGCCGCAUGUGGGGGCGCACGCUCUGCGCCGCCGACGGCGCCGGGGCGAAGUUCUCCUGCGCCACCGGCGACUGCGGCUCCGGCGACGUGCAGUGCAACGGCGGCGGCGCCGCGCCGCCGGCCACGCUGGCCGAGUUCACCCUCGACGGCAGCGGCGGCCUCGACUUCUUCGACGUCAGCCUCGUCGACGGCUACAACCUUCCCAUGCUCGUCACCCCCAGCGCCACCUCCGGCUCCGGCAAGUGCGCGGCGACGGGGUGCGUGGCGGAGCUGAACGGCGCGUGCCCGGCCGACCUGCGCGUGGCGUCGGCGUCGGGGCCGGCGGUGGCGUGCCGGAGCGCGUGCGAGGCGUUCGGGUCGGCGGAGUACUGCUGCAGCGGCGCGUACGGGAACCCGAACACGUGCCGGCCGUCGGCGUACUCGGAGUUCUUCAAGGCGGCGUGCCCUCGCGCCUACAGCUACGCCUACGACGACUCCACCUCCACCUUCACCUGCGCCGCCGGCGCCACAGACUACGCCAUCACCUUCUGCCCCGCCGCUCCCACCAGCGUGAAGUCGUCGGGGCAGAACCCGCAGGCCGCCGGGCUGCAGCAGCUCAACGACACCAUGGUCUACUUCGGCGGCGGCGGCGGAAGCCCGCAAUCCAGCGGCGCGACGACCACUUCGGCUUACUCCUCCAUUGCCGCCGCCGUAUUCUCGGUCGCCGCCGUCGCUCUCGCCGCUCUGCUUUGAGCCGCCUUGGCUGGCAGCCUGGCACGUCGGCGUCGGCGUCAAAAUGUCCACGUACACACACGGCGGCGCAAUGGAGCAGGUUGGCCGCCGGCGGCCGCCUCCUGGCUGCGCUCCACUGCGCAGUGGGCCCCUGGAGGAAGACAGUGUUGACCGAGCUCUGUUACAGGGUUGACCUAGAUAUCGAUGAUUAUAGUUUUAGUAAUUCUUUUUGAUUUUUUUGGGGGGAUUUUAGUGUAUUUAUUAGGUGAUUUUGUUGGGGCGGAGACGGAUGAUUCGUUCAUUCUUUGUUACACCAAAAUCAGAUUAUGUAUGUAGGGUUUGAUUUUGCAUGAGAUUAGUUACUAGUGAUUUGAAAGGGAUUUGUAGUACUAGUACAGCAUCAUUGUUGCUAGUACGAAGGGUACAAGGAGCUAGCUCUGACGUGAUCGCAUCGCUAAUGCAGAUAAGGACAGUUCCAAUUCAGUGGACUUGGGCAUAAAUAAAAAAGGCGGCAUUCUUCACA